CUGUAAUUUUCCAACUGAUGGAAUGCUAACGAGGGAGGGCAAGACUGCAAGAGAUAUUCUCCAGUUCGGGGUUUCAUAAAACCAGUCAAUUGGAAGGUCACAGCAUUCAUUUGAUUGAAUGGUCCGUUUGCAGGCAUGGAGGGAGCUGGUGAAGAGGUGACCGCAAAUGAUGCGGCAGAGGGUGAACGUUUCAAAAGGAAAGACGGCAAUCAAUCCUUCAAACAAGACAGCUGCAAUAUGUUGGAAUCUUCGACCGUGUUCAUACCUCCUGGUAGUGAUUGGUCCGGGACCUCACUGCAUGUGUAUAGAGAUACCUUAUGUGUAAACUCUGUGGCUGUAUCUGAACCUGCUUCUUCUAGCCCCUGUUUGACAAAUGAAGCUGGGGUUAUUGCUGAAGAGUUAACGGUGAAAAAUUACAAGAAUCCCAUCCUAGCUAUGGUGGGCAGCUCAAACAGUAGAGAAGGAAUGCAGGGUAGGGACCAGCAGUGGCGACUUUUAUAUCAGCUGGGAGGUGGCUUUGGAAGUGAGAGUUUGCAUGGCGACUUGGCUUCCAGAGACAAGGACCCACCAAUCCCAAGUGUCGUCAAGGAUGAGGUAAGGAGCAUGUUUUCCCCUGAAAUAUGGGCUCAAAAGCCUUCACCCUGUAAGCAGUCUAAUCAGGAUCAUGCCGAGAUCUCCAAACAAGUUACCAAGACUAACAAAGAGACUACCUCAAGCAAUGCAUUACCUGGAGGUGUUCGGACUAAGGUUCUGUCUUCAUCCGGCUUUUCUAAUUUUUUUCUCAAGAAUACAUUGAAAGGGAAGGGAGUUCUAUGUGGACAUUCAGGAGCUCAAGAUGGCACUGAUGUUGCAGUCACUGGCAAGAACAAUGGGAAGGCUACAUGCAUCACUGGGGCUGCUUCUGAUGCAUCUCUUGAUGCAAGUGCAAAAAUAGAAUAUCCUCCCUCUCAGACUGCAGCUGGGAUUGGUCCCUAUGUGAUUCAUGGUGGAAUCAGUUUAAGGGAGUGGCUGAACCUUAGGAGCCGUCAAAUAAAUAAAGUUGAAACCAUGCAUAUAUUUAGGCAGAUUGUGGAGCUGGUGGACCUGUCACAUUCUCAAGGAAUUGCUUUGCCAGACAUACGUCUGUCUUGUUUCAUGUUGUUGCCAUCAGAUCGGGUUAAAUAUAUUGGUUCACUGGCCCAAAGAUUGGAGUGUGCUAUGGAUCAAAAUAUUCCCUACUUAGACCAUCAUUUUAGUAGGAAAAGGACCUUUGAGCAGGGUAUGCAUGCUCAGAAUAGUUUAUGUACAAAACGUAAAAAGUUUAGUGAGCAGAUGAUGUCUGUUAGACAACAGCCUCAAUUUCCAGCUAGAUCUGGCUUUAAGUCUGAAACAGUAAAAGAGGGGAAUAUUAAGAAUAAGGGUGUACAGGACUCUGGGUAUGGUCUUAGUGAUCGAUACAAAAAUACAGAAUGCAACACUCUUAAUAAGUAUGAAGCCCCAGUUAUAUCUAAUACCACUCGACAGCCAAUGACCUCUGUACAUGUUCAGUUGGAAGAGAAGUGGUACGCUAGUCCAGAGGAACUGAAUGACAGGAGGUGCACCUUGUCGUCAAAUAUCUACAAUCUGGGGGUUCUUCUAUUUGAGUUGCUUAGCUGCUUCGAAUCAUGGGAAGUUCAUGCCAUGGCAAUGUCAGACCUACGCAAUCGGAUUCUCCCUUCGAGUUUUCUGUCAGAGAAUCCCAAGGAAGCUGGUUUCUGUCUUUGGCUUCUUCAUCCUGGAUCUUAUUCAAGGCCGACAACAAGGGAAAUCUUGCAAUCUGAUUUGAUACGUGAAACUCGGGACUUGUCACAUGGAAGUGCUUUGGCAUCAUCUAUUGAGGAAGAUGAUACUGAAUCGGAGCUCUUACUGCAUUUCCUCAUAUCUCUGAAUGAACAAAAGCAGAAGCUGGCAUCUAAGUUAGCUGAAGACGUUGGAUGCUUAGAAGCAGAUAUAUAUGAGGUUGAAAAAAGGCACUUAUCAAGAACAACAGGUGUUAUUUCUCAAACAUUCAAGGGGUCCUCCAUUGCAAGAGAAUCAGGGUUCCUUGAAGACCCUUUACGCUCAGAUGCACUUUCUAGGUUAUACUCCACAUCUAAAAAGAAUGAAGAAAGGUUGAUGAAGAAUAUUAGCCAGCUUGAAAAUGCUUAUUUCUCUAUGAGGUCUCAAGUCCAGCUUCCAGAUACUGAUGCUACUACACGCUCAGAUAAAGAUUUACUAAAGAUUCGAGAUAGAUGCUUCUCUAGUCAACAUGAAAAUGAAGAGCAGAGCCUUAACCAAACUGAUGAUCGCCUUGGAGAAUUUUUUGAUGGUUUAUGCAAGUAUGCUCGAUAUAGUAAGUUUGAAGUUCGUGCGACAUUAAGAAAUGGAGAUCUUCUCAACUCUGCAAAUGUGAUUUGCUCAUUGAGUUUUGAUCGGGAUGAGGACUACUUUGCUGCUGCUGGGGUAUCAAAGAAAAUUAAGAUUUUUGAGUUCUCGGCGCUCCUCAAUGAUGCUGUUGAUAUUCAUUAUCCAGUUAUUGAGAUGUCAAGCAAAUCUAAGCUCAGCUGUGUUUGCUGGAACAGCUACAUUAAAAAUUAUUUGGCAUCAACUGAUUAUGAAGGUGUGGUUCAGUUAUGGGAUGCCAGCACUGGCCAAGGUUUUUCUCAAUUUGUAGAUCAUGAAAAGAGAGCGUGGUCUGUUGAUUUCUCUCAAUUGGACCCCACAAAAUUAGCCAGUGGAAGUGACGACUGUUCUGUGAAAAUAUGGAGCAUAAAUGAGAGAAAUUGUAUCGACACAAUCAAGACGGUUGCCAAUGUCUGCUGUGUUCAGUUCUCUGUUCAUUCCACCCAUUUGCUGGCCUUUGGUUCCGCUGAUUACAAGACCUACUGCUAUGACCUUCGGAAUACACGAAUUCCUUGGUGUACAUUGGCUGGGCAUGGGAAGGCUGUUAGCUAUGUGAAGUUCUUAGAUCCAGAAACCCUUGUUUCUUCAUCCACCGACAAUACCCUAAAACUUUGGGAUCUCAAAAAGACAAGUUCUAGUGGAUUUUCCACAACUGCUUGCAGCUUGACUUUUAAUGGUCAUACUAAUGAGAAGAAUUUUGUGGGCUUAACAGCUUCUGAUGGAUAUAUAGCUUGUGGUUCAGAAUCAAACGAGGUUUAUGCUUACCAUAGAUCUUUGCCCAUGCCCGUCACUUCUCACAAGUUUGGCUCCAUUGAUCCUAUUACUGGGAAAGAGACUGGUGAUGACAAUGGACAGUUCGUUUCCAGUGUGUGUUGGAGAGGAAAGUCAAAUAUGGUUGUAGCUGCCAACUCCAGUGGAAGUAUAAAACUGUUGCAGAUGGUGUGAGAAUGGGUUAACUGUCGAUGUUCAACAGCGGUAAGAUGGAUUCUGAAUUUGAAGAUGCACAGCUUU